AUGGAUUCCAUUCCGAUCGAUAUUGUUCUCGAGAUAUGCUCGAGAUUGCCAACAAAGUCAAUCGCGAGGUGUCGUUUCGUGUCGAAGCUAUGGGAGUCCAUAUUUUGCCGUCCAGAUUUCACCGAGUCGUUCCUGACCAUGUCUUCGUCUCGUCCACGUCUCUUAUUCGCCAUCCAAGAAGUUCAAAACAGUGAUUGGUUCUUUUUCUCGUCGCCUCAACCUCAUAACCUGUAUGAGAAUAAGGCGUCUCUUGUAGUUGCCGCUGAUUUUCACUUGAAGCAUUCUAAAGACAUGUCAUGGCUGCACUUUUGUGGCUAUGCAUCUGGUUUGAUCUGUUGUUGCAAUCGUAAGUGGAUCUCAGAAGAGAAGGAAGAUAGAGUGCAUGUGAUAUGUAACCCUAGCACGGGACAGUGUGCUAGCUUACCUAAACUGAGAACUAACAGAGAGUCGAGAAGCUUUUUAGGGUUUGAUCCGAUUGACAAGGAAUUCAAAGUACUAUCCACUGCUGAUUAUAGAAUUCUGACACUAAGAACUAUGAAUAAGAGUUGGAGAAAGAUCCAAUGUUCCUUCAGUCAUUAUCCUUACUCUGAUGCGAUAUGCAUCAAUGGGGUUUUGUAUUACUUAGCUCAUAUUGAAGAAGACUCUUCUUCAGUGAUAGUUUGCUUUGAUGUUAGGUCUGAGACAUACAAAUUCAUUGAGUCAGAGGGUCCUUAUGCUAAAUUGAUAAACUAUAUGGGUAAAUUAUGUGGGAUUCGUUUUGGUGGUAGAUGGGGUACCAUUAAGUUGCAUGUGUGGAUUCUAGAGGAUGCUGAGAAACUGGAAUGUUCUACAUAUGACUACACUUUGCAUGAUGAUAAAUUUUAUGUUGACUCCAGUGAAUAUUUCGUCGCUGGAGUGACAGCUACUGGUGAAAUUGUGUUGUCGAUGAAAGAUACAUCUCAACCAUUUUAUGUUAUCUACUACAAUCCCAAAAGGAACACUCUCCAAGGUGUUGAAAUCAAAGGUUUUGGAGAUGAGUUUAACGCUGGGAACAAUGAAGUUUACGUCUUUGUAGACCAUGUAGAGGCUUUGGAGACAACAUCAUCUAGAGCUCACAUGGAACAAGAUCGUGGUAUACGUUUUGAGAGCAUUAACCAGUUUGAUGCUCUGCAUCUUGUUGAUGAUGAUUAA